AGGACUAGUUGGUCAUGUGAAAAUACAAUAUCAACAUGGCGUCUGUUACUGGAACAAUAUUUCCUUCAGCGUCUAUAAAACGGGAUUUAACAACUGUUACCGAUCAAGAUGGCUAUAGCAUAAAAUUCGAUAUUAGGGAAGAUGAGGAGCAAAGCGUAAAGUUAAACAAAAUCAUUGAAUAUUUGCUAGCAGCUGGAUACUUUCGGGCACGGAUUAAGGGGUUGUCCGCAUUCGAUAAAGUUGUCGGUGGUAUGUCCUGGUGUAUAACAACUUGUAAUGUUGAUUUAGAUGUGGAUCUUCUCUUCCAAGAGAAUUCAACAAUUGGACAAAAAAUCGCCCUAACAGAGAAGAUUGUAAGGGUUUUACCGAAAAUGAAGUGCCCUCAUAGAAUUGAACCCCACCAAAUUCAAGGUCUUGAUUUUAUCCACAUUUUCCCAGUUAUUCAGUGGCUAGUGAAAAAGGCUAUAGAAACUCGAGAAGAGACUGGAAACGUUCUAAGGGCUUUUUCUGUUUCCCAAUUUAAUAAGAGUCACGCCUUAUCCGAGGAGGAAGAGAAUAAAUUAAAGAAAUCCUUAUCUACUUUAUCCGAAACAACUCAAAAUUAUAAACCUAAACGAGUUUACAAAAGGAGGAGAAGAGAUAAGGAUCAGGAAUUAUCAACUCGAGUUCAAUUUACAUUACUUGAAUAUGGACAAUUCAAUUUAGAUAGUAAUAGGCUAUCGAAACGUCAAGAAAGUGGGCAAUCAGAGGCAAAGAAAAAGGCUAUUGCGGCCGGUUUGGAACAGAAAGAAGAGGGAGAUGAUAGUAAAGAAAUUGAGAAGGAAAAGUUGAAGUCUUUAAUGGAGGAAAUGUCCGUAAUGGAAGGUAAAGGUCGUUUAUCUUCUGCAAUCGUUGGAAAUUUAGUUAGUAGUCAAACGAAAGAAAUUCAUAAAAUUGUUUCCGAAUACGAAGAAAAGCUAAAAGAAAAACACGACGAAAUGAAAAUUGUUUACGAUGAGGCUAGAGAAGAAUUUGAAAAAAAACAAGAAAUUAAUGAAAAUCUUGAAGAGAAACUUGUUAAAUUUCACAAAAUUGAAGAGGGACAGAAAGGAAGAAUUGUGAAAAACUUAAGUAAUUUGGUUAUUGAAAGUGAAAAUUUGAAAAGGAAGGAAGAAGAAUUUAGGGAAGAAUGUAGAAAGGAGAAGGAUAAUUUAGAAAAACAAAUAAAAGAAUUGGAAGAAUCAACUGUAGAUUUUGAAGAUCCUAAGGAGAAGGAGCAUUUAUUAAUGAUCGAAGAGCAAUUGGGAGUCGAUAAUAAGAAAUUGCAUAAAGCUAGAUUACAAUUGGCAAAGGUAAACAGAGAUAUUUCAUCACUUCAAAGGAAAUUAGACGAAGCACCAUCAAGAGCCGAAUUGGCCCAAUAUCAAAGAAGAUUCGUCGAAUUAUAUAAUCAAAUUGCUGCAAGGCAUAAGGAAACGAAACAAUUUUACACAUUGUACAAUACUCUACAAGAUUCAAAACAAUAUUUAACAAAGGAAAUUAACCUAUUAAAUUCAAUCUAUGAUAAUUUUGAAGAAGCGAGAAUGAGUCAAAGUGGCAAGGAACAAUUUCUAAAACAGUUUGAAAAUAUGGUAGAUGGAGUGAAACAGAAUAGAUCUAAAUUGGAAAGAAGGAGGGAAGAGGAGAAAUUGAAGAGAGAUAAACUUAAUGAAGAAUUUUUAGAGUUAAUUGAUAAAGGUCGAACCUAUUUUAAACUAAUAAGGGAUUUUCAAGAAGAAUGUAGAAGAAACGAACUAUUAACGAAUCAGCUGGAAAAAUACGUUUAG